AUGGAUAUCGAUUCUGAUAAUGAAAUGGACAAUGGAAUGGAAGAAGAUAUUGAUAGUGAAUCAGAUGAUGCUGAGCUUCAAAGAGCUUUCAGUGAAGGCCGUCUUCAACCUGGUUUAAACAUUGAACAAAAACCUAAACGACCAUUGAUCAACAACAAAGACGCACUUACAGCCAAAUAUGCUGAAAUCUAUCUUGAUUUACCAUGGGUCGAACGACUCGAUUGUACUAACAAACCAAUAAUUACCAAUGAAGUUGAUUUGCCUGCAAACGAAGAUGAAACACUUGCCGAUAAUGAUUUUAAACGCGAAAUGCUUUUCUAUCGUCAAGCUCAAGCAACAGUUCUCGAAGCUAUUCCUCGUUUGAAAGUAGAAAAACUUGCAACAAAACGACCUGAUGAUUACUAUGCUCAAAUGGCCAAAUCAGAUUCACAUAUGAAAAAAAUUCGAGAAUAUUUAGUCAAUCGUAAAUCUGACAUUGAAAACCGUGAAAAAUUACGUAAAUUACGUGAACAAAGAUUAUAUGGUAAAAAAGUUCAGCAAGAAGUUUUACUUAAACGACAAGAAGAUAAAACGAAAUUACUUAAAACGAUGAAAAAAGUUCGAAAAGGAAAACAAGGUGGUAUGCAAGAAUUAGAAGAAUCUCUUGGUGAUCGAAAGAGAAAUUUUGGAAAAUCAAAUGAAAAUGGUUAUAAACAAAAUUCAAAAAUGAGUCGUAAAACUGAAUAUAAGAAUCAGAAAUUUGGUUUCGGCGGCCAAAAGAAAUAUUCAAAAAAGAAUACAGCUGAUAGCUCAGCUGAUGUAACGAAUAAACAAUCUAGCAAAUGGCAACGGCCAUCAUUUCAUGCGCAAAAAGGCAAAAAAGGUAAACAAAAAUCGUCUCGACCUGGUAAAAGUGUUCGUCAAAAGACACGAACAAAGAAAUAA